CGCCCAUUUGCCCUGACUGAGCUGCCUCCCUCCGCAACAUUCUUCUCACGAAAAAAACAGACGCUCGUCACAUAAAUUCGCAACUUGAUACUCUGCAAAACCCCCAAAAUAUGCUACUCCAAUCCACUCUCCCCCAAUCCCCUCUAUUUCAUCACCAAUUCCACAGCAAUACCAAUGCAUCUUCUUCGUAUUCUCUGCAAUUCCCAUCUGGGUUUUGCAAAUCAACCAAUCUUUCAUCAAUUACACGGCGCAAACACCCCUGUACUACUUGCGCUGUACCACUGAUUCACAAUUACGGAACUCUGGAUUAUGAGAGAAAACCUGCGUGGAAAUGGAGUCAUUAUUACAAGAAAUUAUCUUUGAUGGAAAACCCAGAAAAGGGGGCGGCUAGUAUCUUGAAUCAGUGUGAAAAUGAAGGCAAGAGGUUUACGAAAUGGGAGCUGUGUAGAAUUGUUAAGGAGUUGAGGAAGUUUAGGCGAUUCAAGCUUGCCCUUGAGGUGUACGAGUGGAUGAACGUAAGAGCAGAAAGAUUUAGAAUAUCUACGAGUGACACUGCAAUUCAGUUAGAUCUAAUAUCAAAAGUUCAUGGAAUUUCGGAUGCUGAAGAUUACUUUAUGAAGCUACCGGAUUCAUUAAAAGACAAAAGGAUCUAUGGGGCACUGCUAAACUCAUAUGUGCAUGCGAAAAAGAAAGAAAAAGCUGAAUCCAUGAUUGCGCAAAUGAAGGAUAGAGGAUAUGCUAGCCAUGCGCUUCCAUACAAUGUGAUGAUGACUCUCUAUAUGAAUUUCAAAGAUCAUGAUAAAGUUUAUUCAGUGGUUUCAGAGAUGAUGGAAAAACAGAUACCCCUUGAUAUAUAUACUUACAAUAUUUGGUUAUCUUCAUGCGGAUCCCAAGGAUCUGCCGAAAAGAUGGAGCAAGUAUUUGAACAGAUGAAACUGGACAAUACUAUUAAUCCUAAUUGGACCACAUUUAGCACAAUGGCAACAAUGUACAUAAAGAUGAGGCAGCUAGAAAAGGCUGAAGUGUAUUUAAGGAAGCUUGAGGGUAGAAUCACUGGUCGAGAUCGGAUGCCUUACCAUUUCCUGAUUAGCCUAUAUGGUAGCUGUGGUAAUAAGGAAGAAGCGCUACGAGUCUGGAACAUAUACAGGCAGACUUUUCCUACUAUUCCAAAUUUAGGCUACCAUGCUAUUAUUUCUUCUUUAGUAAGGGUGGAUGAUAUUGAAAUGGCAGAAAACAUUUAUGAAGGUUGGCUAACAGUUAAGUCAACAUAUGACCCUAGAAUAGCAAAUCUUAUAAUGGGAUGGUAUGUUCGAAACGGAAAAUUUGAGAAAGCGGAAGAAUUUUUUGAAGAUAUAGUUGAUGUUGCAGGGGGGAAGCGAAAUUCAACCACAUGGGAGAUACUUGGAGAAAUCUAUAUAAACAAGAAGAAGAUUUCUGAAGCUUUGUCGUGCCUGCAGGAGGCUGCCUUGGCCGAAGGAUCAAAGUUCUGGAAACCAAAGCCUACAAACUUGUCCGCUAUUCUCAAGCUAUGCAAUCAAGAAGGCGAUGAAGAUAGCAAAGAGGCUUUGUUAGGAAUAUUGAAAAAAUUGAAUUGCCUCGAUGAUGAAGCUUACGCCCCAUAUAUAUCUAUAUCUGCAGGUGAUGAAUUGCCAACAGAGAAAGAUGGAGCUGAUGAUGACAUAAACAAUGCUGAAGUUUUUCUUAACCAGCUGCAGGGAAGUUUGUAAGCAACAAGCCAUUAUAAUUCUUAGAGAUUGUUAUGUUUGUAUUCAUAUGUCAAUUCUGAAAAUUUUAGUUGAUUUUAAACAGCAUAUAAAAAGCUACAAGUUCCCUCGGUUAUCUGAAUGAAAAGUCACUUUGUGGUUUUGGUCCGAAUA